UUUACCGAUUACAAUCCGUUCACAGGGUCAUUCUGCUAUUGCGCUCGAGCCGGCUACCCCUCAUGGACCCCAUCUCCACCACGUAUCAGGUCGUGGAGGUUUCGUCAGCCACCACUGCCUCCUCUCUCCAGUCUGCCAGUUCCAGCCGCCAUCGUGCCAUCAACUCUGGCACACUCGUUCGCUUCAGACAAGUCCUCGUUGCCGUUUGCAUGAUGCUAAUGGGGUUGACUCCGUUCGCGUACUUUCAUCCAGCGUACGACCGUUGGAUUUCGUCGGCGCUCAUUCGAGCAUGGGGGGGGAUUCCAGCCCUGGUCAGUCGAACCAAAACCAGCGGUCACUCGGAAAUGGCCAUGCCCACCUACUUUGUGUGUGGCAUGGCCUUCCCGUUGUUGAUCGGAGCUGCCAUCUUUGCCGGUAUGGAGCAUCACAAUCCCCCGUUGUCGACGCUACUUUCUCGAUGGCUCCAGCGCAAACCCAAAGCAUUCGGGCAUGCCGUCAGCAACGGCGAAGUGCUUUUUCUCAUGAUUUGGCUCGGCGGAAACGUCGCUGUGUUUGGCUACCAAUGGGCCAAGCGGUACAAGCCCCAAGAUGCCAGCGUCGGCCACGUCCUCGAAGUCGUCGCGCUGAAUCUGGCGUUCAAUGGCUUGUUCAAUAUGUCUGUCUUGGCGCUACCCGCCACGCGCCAUAGCUUUUGGAUGCAAUUUCUGCACAUAUCGUACGCCCACGGCAUCAAGUACCAUCGAUGGCUUGGAGUUGCCACCAUCGUGGCCUUUACUGGUCACAUGUGUCACUACGUCGCUCUGUUUGCCGUCCGGAACAGCUUGUCUCUGUUGCUCCCGUGUUUUAGCUGCAACGUGGCUACCGACGGCUACCUUCAGUGGACCAUAACGUUUGGGGGGUUGGCGUACGUGUGCUUUGUUGGGAUGGCUGUCACGUCAGUUCCCUACAUCCGUCGACAUCACUACGCCGUGUUCCGCUCUGCGCACUGGCUGUUCUUGCCUGCCACCGUCUUUGCGGUACUGCAUUGGGGUCCAAUCCUAAACUGGCUGUUCGCGUCCAUGGUGGUGUACCUUGCAAACCGAUGGCUGUCGUCAUCGAGCAACCACCCCGUUCAAGUUGAAGUUGCUGGCGUGUUCCCAUCCAUUCAAACUUGCCACGUCACAUUGCACUGUACGACACCAUACGCCCCUGGCGACGUCGUGUGGUUGAACGUGCCCACUGUGAGUCCGACCCAGUGGCAUCCGUUCAGCGUUGCGUCCACACCCGUUCACACCCCCGGGCUGCUCACAGUGUUUGUGAGAAACGUGGGGCCGUGGACGAGCAACUUGUACGCGUACAUUCAAGACUGCACUGCAGCCAAGGUCGAUCCGAUCGUGUAUGUGGAUAUGCCGACAAUAUCCGUCCUCGAGCCAGCAACUUUGCUGAGCUCGAGCGUAGUGUUUGUGGGCGGUGGCAUCGGCAUCACCCCCCUGAUGGGCCAGCUCUUGCAUGUGUUGCAUUCUCCUCAACAACGUCCUGGCCAAAUCGUGUGGCUACUGUGGCACGUUCCAGAUGUGUCGAUGCUGUGGUGCUUUCAAUCGUGGCUCCAAGACAUCGAAGCGUUGGCAGCCAAACAUGGCACACGACUGCACAUUCGCCUGCAUGUCACCCAAGAGUGCGAGAUGGGGGCAAUGCAUAAUGAUGACGAAGGCGAUGUAGCGAGUAUGAUGAUGGUGGACGAGUCCAUGGCCACCUUUCUGCAAGGCGAAGCGCAGCGGAUGCAGGGCGUCCACCCAAGGCCGUACGUACACGUAAACCGAUACCAGCAGAUUUGGGUAUUGGCGGUGGCCGUGGUGUGCAGUGGGGGGCUGGUUGCAAGCGUCAAGUACGGCAACGUUAUCUCAAAGACGUUGAACCCGUCGUGGUGGCCGCUGCAGAGAUUCAUCGAGUAUGUUUUGGUGGUGCUGGGCAGUUUGGUUGCCCUUGGGCUUGCAAAGUUGUGGGGUCGACGUGAUGCUGUGCCCAAUAUCGUGUGCCAACUGGACGAUGCUGCCACCAAGUCGACAAGUAAAACCGACGUGGAAGCGUUGGUGUUGCAUCACAACGUCCAGCGAGGCCGCGUCGUGUGGCCAGACUUCGUCCAAGAGAUACUUCAAGGGCAAAGUGCCCUUUCGUCUGCCAGUAUUGGCGUAUUUGUGUCUGGUCCGUCAGCCUUGCAGCGAGCGGUGGACUUGCAUUUCCAGCCCCAUCCUUUGUUUCACGUGCACGCAGAAGAGUUUGAAAUGUAGGGACAGUUGUAGUCUGUGAAUAGAAC